UUUUUUUUCAAUGAUAAAAUCACCUCCAAUAGAGUGCUGACAGGCUUACAACACUACAUUUGGGUUGGGGGGGGGGUGACUGUGUUGUGUACAUAUGUGAAAAUUUACUACUUGUAGAUCUACUGGAGUCAGUGGAGAGGUGGGUGCAGGCAGAAGCAUAUUCAGAAUGAAGACUCAAAAUUGAUUAUUCCCAAGAGGAGUUAAAACCUCAAUUGUUUCAUGACAUUGGCGACAAUUUCUUAAUUACAAACCAGUAGAACUUGAUAUUUGGGGUUAACAAACUCAAAUAUCAUUUGGCAAUCUUUCUAAUCUAACAAGUUACCAAUUUGCACCAAUUUUGUAAAUGCUGCCAAUUGAGGAUUCACAUUAUUUCAGUUUGCACUUGAAAUAAUUCCUAUGAGCCACUCAGCCAUUCAUGAGGGCUAAUUUUUUCAGAAAAAAAACCCCUCUCUUUUUGUACAUAUUUCAGAAUUUUAGAAAACCUGAUUGAAUUGUAUCAGAUGUGGUCUGCUACUCAAUGGGUGAAAUUGAAGCAUAUAAAUGGAAAAAAAAGUGGAUUGAAACAUAAAGAGAAGGUGAGAAAAUAGUGGCAAUUGAAAGUAGGCAUUUGGAACAUGACCACUACACUAUAACCGUGCUCAUUGAAAAGAGAGAUAAUGUAAGUGGUAGAAAUUUAAAAUGUACAUUUUUUUUUCUUUCAGUUGCACUGUGUCAUUGGAGGAGAAAAACCAAGAAGUCGCGGAUCAGGAAAGCGUGAUAGAAGCACAAUGCGGUCAUCGUGUCCUGUCAUGCUAAAGUUGCUGGCUUCCGUGGAUGGGAAGAAACUUCGCUUAUCGUCCAUGGUAUCAGAGCAUAAUCAUGAGGUGUCAGAGGCACUGUUUCGCCACCUGCCUCAGCAGAGGAAACUGUCUGAUGAUGAGAGGGAGGAAGUAAUGGGAUUUCUUGCAAUGGAUGCCAACAAGAAACUCAUUCAAGAGAGAAUGCAGAGCAAAACUGGGAAGGUCAUUGUGCUUCGAGAUUUAACAAACAUUGCUGCUAAGGUGAAGUGUAGAGAACAAGAUGCAGCCACCAUUGUGCGGACACUCCGUGAAAAAUAUGGUUAGUAACUUGCCUUUCUGUCAGCAUCUACUGGUGGGGGUCGAGCUGAAAAAGAAAUUAGGAAAGGAAUAGCCACUUUCUUCCAAGGUAGAAAAAACAGUUAAAACCAGAACUGGAAUCAACUGGUACCAGUACAAGUUGCCUUUCUGGUCCUCAAUUUUUUUUUUUUUUUUUACCUGGGUUCCUUCCUUCCUUUCUCUCUUUCUCUCUUUAUCUCUCUUUCUUUUUCUGUUUCUUUUCUUUCUUCGAUAUGAGGAAGGAAUGGCAAUUUAGCAUCACCAGAAUCCUUUUAUUGUUAUAUUACAGGUGCGACAACAGAAGUCCUGAAAGACAAGAGCAAUCAACUCACUGGCCUAUUCUUUCAAGAUCCGGAUAUGCAUCGAAUCUAUCAGGCCUAUCCGGAACUUAUCUGCGUAGAUGCAACAUACAAACUAAACAACCUCAGGAUGCCUCUCUACCUGAUUCUUGUGGAAGAUGGUAACGGUAAAAGUGAAAUAGCAGCGGCAGCAAUUCUUGCGAGUGAAAACAGAGAGAGCUUGAAAUGGCUGUUUGAAAGUUUCAAGAAACACAAUGAA